AAGGAAGAUUCUGAGAUGGAAGCAGCUCACAUCAGCCCAGAGCUUCCUAUUCGAUGGGUUGUUUCUGCAGACAGAACUGUUGAGAUCAAGGAGGAAGUGACUGAGCUGGGGUGUGACCAGAACAAUGAGCGGAUCCUGCAGGAGGAAACACCACCUUCUAGCAUCACUGAGAGAGAGCUGACAUGUGUUAAAGAUGGAGAGGUCCCUCGACUGGAAUGUGUUCCUAUUAAAGAGGAAUUCAUAGAACAGGAAUGUGUCCCCAUCGCAGAGGAAGUUCCUGCUGAAAAUAAUGUCUGUACACUUGAGGAGAAAAACAAGUUGGGAUCCAGCCUGUGUGAUGAUUGUCCACCUGAAUAUGAACUGGGAUUUAGAGAAUUUAAUUUCGAGAUGGCAAGACGACUAGAUGGAUUGUUGACAGAAACACUGGAGUCCGAUUCUGCUAAAUCAGAAUUUUCUGACAGUGAUUCAGAAAGCACUGCAGAAAGUGAAGAAGAAGAAGUAAUAGCGCAACCAAGAACACCCCGGACUGCUAGAGUGAACACUUUCCAGUGGAAACGUGGCGACCGAGAGCAACACGACAAUCUCUUCAACUUCACUGGAAAUCCAGGCCUCAGGGUUCAAAUGACUGAAACAAGCCCGCUCUCUUACUUUUCACUUUUUUUCAAUGGUUUCCUCAUGGAUUUGAUCUUGAAUGACAAACCGGUAUGCUGAAAAUGCAUCCGGCCAGUCGGAUGGAUUUCAGAGUGUAACACUGAAUGAGCUCUGGGUUUUCUUUGCCAUGUUUAUUAUAAUGGGACUUGUGCAGAAACCGACAUUGAAGGACUACUGGACCACAGAAUUUGUGCUUCAAACUCCAGCCUUUGGCCACCUUAUGCCUUGUAAGCGAUUCUUUGAAAUUCUUCGAUUCUUGCAUUUUGUGGAGAACCGUGAUCAUGCCCAAUAUUCACAUGGAGAGUUAUGGAAGAUUCAGUCUGUUUUGGAUCACAUUCACACUACAUUCAAACAGGUUUACAUCCCAGAAAAGAAUAUUAGCAUUGGUGAAUCACUGAUGUUAAAUAAAGGUAGACUGGCAUCCGAGCAGUACACACCUGCCAAAAGGGUCAGGUUCGGCAUAAAAUUCUAUGCACUCUGUGAAUCUGGUGUGAAGAGAAGUGGUUAUAUCUGGAAUUUUCUAGUGUACCAAGGCAAGGGCACCACCAAAGCAACUCACCAAGUGGUGAAGGGUCUUCUUCAAGGCUUGGAAGGCAAAGGUUACUGCCUUUGGAUGGAUCGGUCUUACUGCAGCCCCAACCUCUUCAGUGAAUUAAAGCACCUUCAGUUUGAAAUGUGUGGCACAGUUAUGCCAAAAAUAAAAAAUAUGCCUCAGGAUUUACUGAAGAACAAACUAAAAAAGGGUGAAGUUGAGCCGUGGGUGAGUGAUACAGAAAGAAAAAUGCAAGUAGUUCGCUGGAUGGACAAAAGGGAAAUUUUUAUGCUAACCACAAUGCAUAAUUCUUCACUAAAGGAAACUGGUAAAAGUCACUGGCAAACUGCAGAGAAGAUCAAAAAGCCUGUAUGUGUUGUGGAGUACAACAAAAACAUAUGUGGAGUUCAUACAUCGGACCAGAUGAUGAAAACAUACCAGCUCAUGCGCAAAAGCAGAAAGUGGUACAUCAGGUUCUUCUUCCAUCUCAUGGACAUGUGCAUUUUCAAUGCUUAUGUGUUGUAUGACAAAAUGGAAGAGCAGACCACACAUUACCAGUUCAGACUGAAUUUGUGCAAUGAAAUCCUUCAAAAAUGGAAAGCAGUCGUUUCAUCUAAAGAGAAAACGUCAUCAACCAAAAAUCCACUAACUAGACUGGAAGCUCAAAAUGGUCAUUAUCUUAUUCCAAUUCCUCCAACAGAGAAAAAGACAAAGCCGUGCAGAUGGUGUCGGGUGUGCAGUGCCAGGGCAAAAGCUGCUUUCCAGAAAAAAGGACAAAAAAGAAAAGAAGGUCAAAGAGGAGGAGCCAGAGACACAAGAUACAUGUGCGACAGGUGUAAAGUUCCCCUGUGUGUGACACCUUGCCACAAGAUUUACCACACUGAACUGAAUUAUGCUCCGUCACAAUCUCCACCAGAAACCAGCAGUGCAGAAUCCAUGUAGUAAAACAUGUUUAUCUGUAAUUGUGCAUGUUUUAUCUGUAAAACUGCUGUAUAUAGUAUUAACGUGGGGGGGAGUUUUCCGUCAGAUUUUUUUUAGGGAACUAUGAAAAAUUGAGGGGCAUUUCUUGCUGUUAUUAUAUGUAUUGGUGUGUGUUAAACCAUUUUAUUUGUACUUUUGUAAUGCACCACUAGGUGGGUGUGUCAUGGCAGCGUAACAUCUGGUAUGUUUGACAAUUUUAGUAUUUGUAAUAUACUUUUAAUAAUUCAUUUAAUUGACUAGCUUUCUUGCUGAUAACUGUAUUAGUUCAAUACAUGUAAUGGUUGAUAGGAAUGGGUGAAAGUGCUAUGCAAUAGGAGUCAUUUCCUUCCUUGUGUGUGGGCAUCACUGUGUGUCUGUUCUCUUUUUUACCCCCCCUCUCUCUCUCCAUCUGUCUCUUAUCUCUCUCAAAAUAAGGUAAUUGUUUUGGGGAGUUGGUUUUAUAUACUGGGGCAAAGACCUUGGAACACUAACAUCUAUUGUCUGUGGAUAAAAUGAACAUGUAGGGGAGGUACUUUUGAUUGGCAUUUCCUAUUUUCAAUAAUUGUUCCCCAGGACAAAACUACUGCAGUUUAAUAGGAGACACUUGGUCCUAUCAAGGUAAAGUUGUUUUGGGGACUUGAUUUUAUAGGGUGGGACACAUUUUGAUGUUUGAUUUUAAAGGAUUCAUAAUAUUGAAAAUAUGAAGACAAGAUUUUGUUAGUAUAAUAAAAAUACAAACUUUUAUUCUGAGUUCCGCCAUUCCGGGUUUUAUCCAGCCCCCUUUGUCGCACUAAAUUACACUUUUACUAUUAGAACCGGGGGUAACCACUUAUAAUGGUACGAUUUGCCAUUUAAUAAUGCAAAGCAAAUAUUUAUCACUGUAAUGCUAUUAAAACUGCAUGCUCGUAAUCUUAAUUUUAUUAAAACUAUUCAAUGAAAAUGGACAUCUAAAUUCCAUCUGUUUCUGAAACAUGCCUGCGCAACAAGCGUGCAAGUUCAGUAAUGAAAGCACUUUGAUCAGUGGCGGUGGCAUGGCAAAUUUGCCAUGACAGUGGCGCCAGACUUGAUGAGAUGGAAGGGGGGGCAGAACAAAAACUUGAGGGCGUUACACCCUACUUUGUGCGGGCAUGCAUAAAAUACAUUCAUGUAAUUCAGUGUCAGAAGUGGACCAGGGUGAACAGCAAGCAUUUAAACAGCAACCUUUGUUGCAGUGUGGAGUAGUGGUUAGGGCUCUGGACUCUUGAGCAGAGGGUUGUGGAUUCAAUCCCCAGUGGGGGACAAUGCUGUUGUACCCUUGAGCAAGGUACUUUACCUAGAUUGCUCCAGUAAAAAACCCAACUGUAUAAAUGGGGACCUUUGAACUGUGCGGAUCUGCAACUAGCAUAUGUAAUGAAG